AUGCUCCGUCUCGCCUUCACAGCCAGUGUCCAAGUUGGUCAACUGGUGCUCAAUCAUAUUCCGCAACCGCUCGAUCUCACCGACCUGUCCCUCAUAUCGUACGGUAUGGCCAACCAUCUUGAUCUCCUCAAACAGUGGAUUGUCAGCGACACCUACGUCUUCAAGCCAGUAUACAAGCAGGGACCACGUCAGCCAACCAAUCAGUCCACCUAUCCACCUCUUGACUACGUAAUCGAGAAGAACUUCGACCUGGCCAUGCUGAUUAUUUCCAAGUAUCCAACUGCUUGGUUGUUCUCCGCCUCUGCCAUGAUCGGUUCAGAACAGGAGGGAAACGUCGAGGCUCUAUCAUUCCUUCUUCAGAACAACACUGGCAACUACUCUACCGACCUCCUGAUGUACAGUGGAAGGGGACCUGUCCAUUGUCCAGCAUCUCCACUUUACCAACACUCGAUCUGA